AUGAUGAUUGGUGUAGACUUUGCUGAAAUUAACAAAACUACAAGAUAUCAACUACUUUGCAGCGCUGUUGUUCCUCGACCGAUUGCUUUUAUCAGUACAAUUGAUAGUAAAACAGGUAUAAAAAAUCUGGCUCCGCUAUCAUUUUUUAAUUGUGUUACGAGUGAACCACCUACGGUUAUGUUUUCUUUAACUAGAAAACAUGAUGGAAGUAAGAAGGACACGUUGGUCAAUAUUGAAAAUGAAAAGGACUUUGUAAUUAAUCAUGUAACACGGGAGAUAUUCCCACAAGUUUUUGAUGCCUCCGCUGAAAUGCCAGCAGACGAAGAUGAAUUCAAUGUGGUUGGUUUAACUGCUGUCGCUGGUGUCAAGGUAAAAUCACCGAGGGUAAAAGAAUCGCCGAUUCAUAUUGAAUGUGAACUAUAUAAUACCAUGGAAGUCGGAGAUGGAAACUAUUGA